AUGUUCGUUGCAAAACAGAUAAAUAGGUUGGAGUCGAUAACUAAUUCUGAGGAAGUUCAAUUGAAUGGGCAGAAUUAUCUAUUCUUGACCGAGGGAAACGCAAUUAGAGUAUAUGAGCUCGUGCAAGACAAGUAUGAGCUACGAGGGAGCAAGUAUUUGCAGCACAGGGUCCUCGCGUGGUCAAAAUUUGUAUACAAGUCCCGGAGUGUCUUCGUGUUCAUCGAUGCUGCUUACAAAAUCCAGGCAUUUGACGUAUCCCGAACGGUGACACCAACGGAAGGCAGCGCGGCGACGGCGGCAAUGUUGGUGGUAACUGAUUUGCUAACGGAGUUGUCAAGAGAGGGACAGCAACAGUCAUCCACUUUUGUAAAACCAUUGAUUCAACCCCUGAGCCCCAUUGACCCAGAUUACAUCUUGCUCCAAGUUUUCCAUUCAAACGUGCAAAUGAUUUCUGUUUCUGCCAUUAUGGAGCAGAUGCAAAUGUUGUCAUUGUCACGAGGGUGCAAUGGUGAGGGCAAAUCCCCGCGGCUAAAGCCAUUGCCGGUUCUCUCCGCUCCAUUGGGCAACUUUGACGUGCUCCAGUUAGUCAUUAUGGACACGUCGCCAGCUGGCAGUAAACGAAAACGGAAAAGCCUGGACUUAGACCUGAACCUGGACCUGGACUUGGACUUGGACUUGGAGAUUGCAAUCCUUUGCAAGGACGUUUUUGCUUCUGUCUCCUUUAGAUGGCUACAAUUCGACUCUGGUCUGGAAACAUUCCAGAUCACAAAGCAGUCUCCUCCGUUUGACGAAGACCCGUCUCUUAUUGUACCAUGGUCGUCGCGACGUGGAGGAGGACUCAUGGCAUUUACUAGCUCGAGUCUAUUUUAUUUCCCCUCGGUGUCGAUCUCCAAUCUUUCCCUUGCCAGGUCCUUAAAAGAAGUUUUCAUCCUAUCUAAAAAGCUGGGCACUUGUCUAGUGAUGACGUUAAGCAAGCCCGGUCGGGGCAAGCUGAAAGUGAUUUACAGGUCAUAUCUCCAAAUUGACGAUUUACGUUUAUUGCUAGUGACAUCGCAGGGGAACUGCUACAUGCUAUAUGUCGACUUUGAAAUGAGUUCCAGAGACUCCAUGGUGGUGAACCAGAUGAACUUCAUUGACCUCGGUCCACUAACGGUGCCGUCGAAGGGCAUGGGCUUGCACCACGUAAGGGGCAACAUCUUUUUCCAAUCAUCCGAGGCUUCCAAAUCAGUGCUUUUUGAAAUAUUGCCCACCAAACCAAACAUAAACAUACUAAGUCUGAUUGACUCGAGUCCUCCAGUUGUGGACAUUGGCGAGGGAUCGACGCGUCAGCAUAUAUACACUUGCCAAGGUUGCUGGGAUGGGAGCGAGCUACGAAGAUACGACGAGAUCCCUCGAGCUUUUUAUAAAACCAAGAACUCAGUGCAAUACCCAGCGAGGAAUCUCAAAAGUUUUGAGGAGUUGAAGGGCCAGGGUCACGGUCACGUUCGCUAUUUGUUUAAAAUUCUGGACUUUUUCCAUCAGUCGUCCGAUUUGUCGGCACCUGUUUUUUUUACGCUCGACGAGCAGUUGCAGCUAGAACCUUUUGAUGCAGACGCGAAGGAUACGGCAGACCCGGUAGACACGACAGAAGUGGUACAGCAGGUUGAAGAUGAUGAUAGUCGCAAAAUAACUUUGACGGAAACUAUGCUCCGCGUUGAUCAAAAGACGUGUUUUGAGUUUAAAAAAAACUUGAUUGGACGCAUUGUUCCAGAAUACCAUCUAGUCCUCACAGUUACUGAUGACCAAGAAAUUGUCUUGCUUGAUUACCUGCGAGCUGGAAGCAAGACCAGCAUUUGCAUUAAAUCGUCUGGAAGUGAUGUCAUCUCCAGCGCUGACGUCUGCAAAAACGGACACGCUACGUGGGUUUUCGCAGUGUUUUUGUCGGGGAAUAUGAAGAUAUGGCGGGUGAACGAUAGUUUUAGUGUGCCAAGAGUGGUGUACGAUGACUCGCCGAUCAAGGAUUUGGCGCCGGUGGUUUCCGCUGCCAUCGUUACUCGACCAGCACAACAUUCAUCAUCAUCAGAUAAAUAUAGUUCUGCAUCUAAGCGACAUCCAAAGUUGCUACUAGAUGUAUUCUUACUGUGCGCAGGGAGUGGAGGAGGAACAAUUAAACAGCUUUUAUUUGAAAGCCCCAGCGACAGGAAGUUGAACUUGCUUAGCGUUGAGCUGAGCAAGUUGGAUCCGCGAGAUGCAACAACUUUUCAAAUAAAAAAGCGCGGUGACCGCGUGGUGAUGUUCAAUACCAACAACAUCGUAAUUCCUACUGCGCCGCGUGGUGUGAGCCAUUAUGGGCUUUCCAUUGUGCGCAAAUGUGGAGUUUCUGAUAUUGUAUUUAUGGGGGGCAAUUCCGCCCCAGACUUUCGGAAAGAGAAAGAGAUUGGCAGACUUUUGGUAAUCUUUGAGCUGGGUCUUGUGGAAGAGGCCGAGGUGAGUUUUGGCAUGACACCACAGAGAUACCCGCUGGCUUCCUUGCAUUCAAACAAGCUAUUCACAAAGUGUGCUCUUCUUCCCGAAUACAUCUUUCCCACGCCUGGUGAGCGUUAUUUAGUUGCACUUGCAUACGACAAACUGAGCACUCAGGGAGAAAUGCGCUCUGAGCUAGUACUUGUCAGCUUACCGGACUUUAAAGUGGUUGAUGUGUUCAAGUUCAACGAUUCGACCGUGGUGGUGGACUUGUGCAUGCUCCCGCGAGAUUUCGUGUUGCAUCACACCUCAGAUGAGGGCGCCCAAUUUGUCGCCUUGUCUUCUUGGGACAAAUCCCCGCUAGCAAUGUUCCGCAUACGCGACUCCAAAAUCAAGCUAGUGGAGAGAUGUGCUGUGGAAAACUUGAAGAUGACGAAAGAGGUGAGAUUUCAAAAUAUCCUCGUCGCGGCAGAGAGGGACAUGGGUGACUCUAAUGAGACGGUAAAGAUGUGUCCAUUCAUACUUUCUGGUUCAGUUUUGAUGAAGAUUUGUUUGCUGUACGAAGAGCAACGCCACAGAUGGCAGUUGAUGUUUGAAAAACAUGCUGCUGUGCCUUGUUUUGCUGCGGACGCGGCAUGGGCCACCCCCGAUGGAGCCAUCAUCGCUGAUGCAGUCGAGGGAAUCUGCCGCUAUGACGCACACACUUUUCAAAAGAAUAAACUCGACUCGUCUUUGCCGUACGAGCCUUGUCGGCCUUUGCUGACAUGCGUAUCUGUCUCGGGUGCUGAACCGCAAUAUAUCAUCUCUGGGGAUACCUCGGGGACUGUGCAUUUCAGUCAAAGUCAGCAUUUUCCAACUAAGGAAGGCAUUUUCAAAAUCGGCUGGACGCAGAUCAAUGUGGUCACGUCUGUUGAUAGUGGCACCGACUUUGCCCAUGACUUGGCACUUGUCGGGACUGUAUCUGGGGCACUUUUCUUGAUCAGUGAGAUCACUGAUCCAGAGUUUGAGGCAAAAGUACGCAAAGCAAUUGUGUGGGUCAAGAGAUUCGUGCAGAGAGAAAACUUGCCAUCUAUUGAGGAAGUGCUUGUAACUGAAGAGGAGGAUGACGAGGAGGCCGGGGAAGUGGCCGAGGUGGUGGCGGGUGCAAUGACAAAGUCCCGACAAACGAGGAUCAUCGAUACACGUUCUAUUGAUCUUUACCUUCAAAAUUACGCCGAGCACCCUCAGGAUGAGUCAACUCCAAUUGAAGACCUAGCUACUCUUUAUAAAUUAGCAUCGUAG